AUGGCGGCGCCCAAUGCAGGAUCCGGCUCAAAAGUCUUCUAUAAGCGGCCUGUCAUCAAAGACUCGGAUUCGAGCGAUGACGAAAGUCCUCUGGUGAGUUUAGGGGUCCAUCAUCACAGGGCAAAAAGACGAACUCACCUCGAACCAUUUCGCUGCAGUCCAAGCGUCCCAAAGUAGUCACCUCGAAUGGACAAAGACCCUCCAUUGGCGCCUCGAAGGGUGCAAAUGGCAAGCGUGGAUCCCAGUCUUCCGAUGACGACAUCCCACUGGCUUCCAGCUCGACCUCUACCAAGCGGCCGCCACCCGGAUCUGACUCGGACUCUGACGCGCCUUUGGAUGGCCGGUCCAAGCCCAAGCAUCCUGCCCUGGUCAAGGUAAUCAAGCAGGAGAACGGCAGCAGUGCACCAUCAAGCCAGGCCUCAUCUGCAAGUGAGCAGGGGGACGAGGAUGACGACGACGAGGAUGAGGAGGAGGAGGAGGACGACGAAGAAGAUGACGACGACGACGAUGAUGGCGCAUCGGCGAGCUCGCAAAAGACGUCUAAACGUGGCAAGAGCUCUCAGAAAGGACCAGAGGGUAAAGGCGCCAAAAAGUGGUCCAGGCUGUAUCACACAGGCCCGCGCUUUCCAGCACCCUACGAGCCCCUACCUUCGCACAUUAAGCUCAAGUAUGAUGGGCGGCCUGUCGGGCUCAAGCCAGCUGCGGAAGAAGCUGCUUUCUUCUAUGCUGUCAAGCUUGAGACGCAGCAUGCUCGCGACGCAGUCUUCAACAAGAACUUUUUUGCUGAUUUCUGCAAGCUUCUCAAACAGCAUCCGCCGGUCAGUACGUGCCCGUUUGUAUAUCGAGUCCGAUUGCGCUGCUUACCUGUCAACCCUCUCACAGACGGAUGGGACGCAUAUCAAGAGCUUCGACAAGCUGGAUUUCAGAGACAUGUACGAGCACUGGAGAGGUAUCAAGGAUGCGGAAGCUGAUGCCAAAAAGAACAAGGCGCCUUCAGAGCGCAAGAUGGAGCUGGAGGCAAAGAAGGCAGCAGAGGCGGCCAUGAAGACGUGCGUGGUGGAUGGCGUCGAGCAGCGCGUUGGCAAUGUCAUGGUCGAGCCGCCUGCAUUGUUCCUUGGCCGUGGCGAGCACCCAAAGAAAGGGCGCAUCAAGGUGAGUGUGCUGCCCUGAAUGCAUUUGUUCCGACGACCUUGCUGACGAGGUAUGUCACCGUGCAACAGCAACGUGUCUUGCCCGAGCAGAUUACCAUCAAUCACACAUUGAAGGAUCCAGCGCACCCGCCCCCUUCUCCUCCCGCAGGACACAAAUGGAAGGCGGUCAAAGAGGACAAGAAAUCCACUUGGCUUGCCUUUUGGAAGGAGAACAUCAACGGGCAGUACAAGUACAUGUACCUGGACGCUGCCAGCAAGUUCAAAAGCAAUUCUGAUAGGGACAAGUUUGAGAAGGCCCGGGCACUCGAUGUGAGUAGUGGUGUGAUGAGCGUCGGGCCUCGCUCACACGACUUUGUGGCCUACAGAAAUGCAUCGUGAAGCUCAGGCGGCAGAUCGAUCAGCGACUCACUUCCAAGCAAAGGUUCGAGCGGCAGCUUGGCACUGUCGUCUGGCUCAUCGAUAACUACAGUCUUCGUGCUGGCAAUGAGAAAGGCGAAGAUGAGGCGGCUACGUAUGGAGUAUGCUCACUGCUGGUCGAGCAUGUGAAAGGCCUGCAAGAGGGAGUCGAUCUGCCAGAUGGCACCUCCACCUCUCAAGUCAAGCUCGAAUUCCUGGGCAAAGACUCCAUGGCUUUCAAGGAGACAUUGACCGUACCGACGCGCAUCUUUAAGAAUUUCAAGAUGUUCACGCAAUCGACCAGGUUGCCAAAUGGCGAGGUCGGGCUGAAAGCGGCUUCGGAUGAGAUCUUUGACAAAGUCGACGUGAGUGGCCCUGGUAGACUGCGUCGAAGCAAAGAGACUGACCCGCACUCGCGCUCGCCGACAGCCCUCUGCUGUCAAUAAAUUCCUUCAGAACGAGUCGAAUGGAGGAAUGAAGGGCCUGUCUGCCAAGGUCUUUCGUACCUACAACGCAUCCACAACCUUCCAAGGCCUGCUGGAUCAGACUGCAGAAAAUUUGAAGGAAGCUGGACUUCAGGCGAACCCGCAAACCUUGCGUGAUCAGUACAACACCGCCAACCGCUUGGUUGCCAUUCUGUGCAACCAUCAAAAGACGGUCAAUCCUGUCAUGAGCGAGAAGACAGCAGCUCGCCAUGAGGAGAAGGUGAGUCGGUAGAUGACGUGGGGCAGUCCGUAUGGGCAAACUAACCAAGUGUCGCGUUGGUGAAAAGAUGAUCGGUGUGCGGUACGAUCGCUUCAAGGAACGCCAAAAACUCUUGACCUGGGGUACCGCUGCCGAGAUUAAAAAGGCUUUCCCUGCCAGCGAACAUCCUUGGGCCAAGAAGUUGAAGACCAUUCUAGAGGCCGUCGACAUCACCACUGAGCAGAUUAAAGAGCACGAGGAACGCAUCUUUACUGUGAAAAAGGACAGGCUGCAAGCUAAUUUCCACCGCGCUGAGCUGGAAAGGGAAUUUCAGGCCAAGCUGAAAAGAGAGGGGAAAAGCGAAGCUGAGGCAGCUGCAGCGACCGCCGAAAAGAACAAAAAGGCAAAGGGGCGCAAGAGCAAGAAGCUAGAUGACUCGGAAGACGAGGAUGACAAGGCCAACUACGGCAAGUUCAAGACGCAAGCAGAGGUUGAUGCUGAGAAGCGUAGUCUCGACGCAGAGCUGAAAGAGCUGUCUAGGGAAAGAUCCAAGAACAAGAGUCGACUGGCUGCCGAUAAGAUCAACGUCACCUCUGUGGCCAAGAAGAUCUUGGCAAAGGUCGCACAAGCUGAAAAGCUAGAGGCUGAUUUCGCGACACGCAACAAGACUUCUGACGUCUCCCUAGGCACGUCCAAGUUGAACUACAUUGUGAGUAGGAUGCAAAGCUAUGAAAGCACACCAGCUGACUUGAGAACGAGGCGCUUCAGGACCCCCGAAUCACUGUUGCUUGGCUCAAGAAGUGGGACGCGAUCCUUGUCAAACGGGACGGAGAUCCGAAAGCGAUCAAGAAGGGUGCAGCCUCUCCGAGCAAAAAGGGUGGGCGCGGCAGUGUAAAGGCGAAGAAGGAAGAGAGCGAUGGUGAAGACGUCAAGCCGGCAAAGAAGGCCAAGGGUGCAGUCAAGAGCAAGCCGAAAGGCAAGGCGUUGAAGGAGGAUGAGGACGAUGAUGAUGACAGGAAGCCCAAAAAGGAGGCGGAAAAGAUGGAGCUGGAUCUCAGAAUCAUGUCGAUAAGCAACUACUUUCCGCAAACCAUGCUCAAAAAAUUCCGUUGGGCACAAUUCGACGACGAUGGCACCGAGCUUCCGGCCAGCUGGACCUUUGUGGAAAACGCGCCGCUAAAGAUUCGCACGAAUAGUGAGUGCGCACGCGGAUCUUCGUUUGAAAUUAGCUGACAUGCUCUCCUGUCUCGGUGUGUAGUGUCGAGCGCCAACCGCGACGGGGAUGAUGCAGCAGACUCGGCAGAUGGAGCGCUCGCUGCAAAGGUAUCCGCACAGACGUCUGCCGCCCGAGCCAAAGGUGCUAGCAAUGGCAGCGCCGCAAAGCCUGCUUCUGCCAAAGCAACGCCGCGCUCUCGAACCGUUUCUGCUUCGAAAGCUCGGGUGAAUAGCGACUCUGACGACGACGACGCUCCUCUAGCCGCGAAAUCCAAGGCGAACACUUUGCGCGAGGAUGAUAGCAGCGACGAUGAUGCGCCGCUCGUCGCCCGUCGAUGA